CAUCCAACGACACCCAGAUCAGAUAUUCAAGCUGUUCUAUCAACACACACGCUUCAUAACCAUCCUACGAUAUUCAGUAGCUGCGUUGUACCUCCAGCCAUCUUUGAAUAAAUCUCUCUUCUAAAUUUCCUUCACCAAUCCUCCUCCAACCCCCGCAAUUUCAAGAUGUUUAUUGCUAGGUCAGAAUAUGGUAAGUACUAAGAGCUUUCCAAACAUUGAAGAUCAUAACUAACAACCUCUCAGAUCGGGGUAUCAAGUACGUACACACAUAAACCGUUUAUUUCCCUCCCAAAACAACGCUCUAAUAACCGUACAGCACCUUCUCCCCGGAAGGACGUCUUUUCCAAGUCGAAUACUCCCUCGAGGCAAUCAAGCUUGGAUCAACUGCAAUCGGCGUUGCAACUGGUGGGGGUGUAGUUUUGGGUGUAGAGAAGCGUGUCACCUCAACUCUUUUGGAAACCUCCUCCGUCGAAAAGAUUGUCGAGAUAGACCGUCACAUCGGAUGCGCCAUGUCCGGACUUCAAGCAGAUGCCCGUUCAAUGGUUGAACACGCCCGAGUCGAAUCACAAAACCACGCAUUUCACUUCAACGAGCCACUCAGAGUGGAGAGCUGUACACAGGCGAUCUGCGAUUUGGCAUUGCGGUUUGGAGAGGGUGCGGAUGGUGAGGAGAGCAUUAUGAGCAGACCAUUUGGUGUGGCUCUUUUGAUUGCAGGCUAUGAUGAGGACGGACCACAAUUAUACCACGCAGAGCCCAGUGGAACCUUUUACAGAUAUGAUGCAAAGGCUAUUGGAUCGGGUUCGGAAGGCGCUCAGGCUGAGUUGCAAAACGAAUUUCACAAGGUAUGAAUGUCCUUCUGUGUACCUCUGUUAACUUAUGUUUCGGCCAAAUUUCUAAUGUAACUAUAGUCUUUGACAAUCUUAGAAGCCGAGACCCUGGUCUUGAAGACGCUGAAGCAAGUGAUGGAGGAGAAGCUUGAUUCCAAGAACGUCCAACUAGCAAGCGUAACCAAGGAAAAGGGGUUCAGAAUCUAUACGGAUGAGGAAAUGGCAGCAGUUGUUGAGAGAUUACCCGCGAACUGAUGGAGGGGUAGAU